GUAAUGUUUACUUUGGAUUUAGCACUGACACAGAAUACGGAGGUCAUCUAAACCUGUGGCGUAUCAUUUAAGAUACACUGCAUGUUUCUACAAUUUUGGUUAAAAUUCUUCUCAAUUCUUCAAUUAUCUUUAUGGUCUCAUGUUGUGCAUUAUACCCUAUGCACACAUAUCUCAAGUAUACAUUAACGCUAAAAAACAAUAUAUUGCUUGAAAUGUAAAAUUGUUUAUUGAAAGCCCACACAGAACAACCUUGAUUUUAUAUGAUAGGAACACUAUCAAAAUUGAAGUGAAAUAAUUCUAUUCGAUUAAAGGGAUCGUAUCUUCUUUUCUGUCGGUGGUGUAAAUCGGGGGCUUUACCUCCCCCUUAAGGCGCCUUGUGGAACCACAGCGAGGCCGAUUCUCUCUAGUUGAUCGCGCGCAGACAGACGGCGUGAUAGUGAUUCUCGCGCUAGCGUCGCAUCGUGUACAAGGCUCGGACUGAGCACCAGGAGAAGACGUGCGGAAUAUAAUGCAAAUAUCAGAGCAGAUUGUUAAAGCGUCUUCGGCAGCGUCGCAUCUCGUCGCGCGGGAUCCAUAGAUGAUGUCUCCGCGGCUCGCGAGUUUCAGGGUGCAGCGCGUGCGUUUGUCCUUGAGUUGAGCGCUGCCAGUAUGUGAUGUUUCAUCCAUGCAUGCCGGAAUGCACGCUGAGAUAAAAGCCCAAAGCGAUGCAGUGAGUGUGCAUGUGCAUUUCUGCGUUUGCAUCCAGAUGCGCGUCGCCGCCUCGCCUCUGAUGGAGGAGGCGAGAAGCUGAGACCGUUUUUCUUCCCUGUCUGCGUGUAUUUGUCAGUGUUUAUCAGUGAAGAUGCCGCGGAGUCUGCGGAGGCUGAUGCAUAUGAUGCUGCUCUGUCCUUUAUCUAAAGGCUUACAGGCCCGUCUGCCUGCAGUGAAGGUGAAGUACCUGUUGGCGUUGUGGUUUGGGAUUCUAGUGGCCAGCUGGAUGAUCUACAUGCAGUAUUCUUCAUAUUCCGAGCUCUGCAGGGGACACGUCUGCACUAUGAUCAUAUGUGAUCAUUAUCACAGGGGAAUCAUUUCAGGCUCGGCGUGUAAGUCUCUCUGUGAGGAGAAAACUCUCUCUCUUCAACACUGUCUGUCAACAUCACCUACGCAUCAGGUGUACAGUGCUGAAUGGAAGGAGAAAGCCGUUUUGGUGAAAUGUGGCAUUGAGGAGAGCAUGAGAGGCGAAAAUGGCCCCGAAUCUCCACUGCGACACGAUACAAGCCAAUAUGACAAACCCACCCGUGGAACAUCCAUGGAUGAGUUCAGAGCGAUGCUGCAUUCCUUUCUCAAGGACAGUGUUGGGGAGCAGACGUCUCUUGGAACUCUUGUCACUCGUGUCAUCUCUCUGGCUGACGUCAACGGUGAUGGUAAAGUUUCGUUAGCGGAGGCAAAAUCAGUCUGGGCUCUGCUGCAGAUCAAUGAGUUUGUUUUAAUGGUGGCGCUGCACGACAAAGAACACGCUCCCCGCCUGCUGGGCUUCUGUGGUGACCUUUACGUGACCGAGCACGUAGCACACAGCGCCCUCUUCAGGCUGGCGGUGCCCGGCUGGAUGCAGCCGGUGUUUCCCGAGGCGCUGGCCGGGGCCCUAAACCGUUGGCUCGCCCCCGCGUGGCCCCACAGGGCCCGAAUCACCAUCGGCCUGCUGGAAUUUGUGGAAGAGGUGUUCCACGGCGUGUACGGAAGCUUUUAUAUGUGUGACGCUAGCUCACAACGGGUCGGCUACAACGAUAAAUAUGACUUCAAAAUGGCUGACCUACAAAGCGUAGCGUCGGAGGCGACCGUCAAGGGAUUCUUACGAGGACGUACGUGCGAGGUGAACGCAGACUGCACUUAUGGGCGGGAUUGUAUGGCGACAUGCGACCGAUUGGCCAGGCAGUGCAACGUUGAAGUGGUGCAGCCCAACUUGGCCAAGGUUUGCGCGCUAUUGCAGAACUUCUUGCUGUUCGGAGCGCCGGCAGACCUGAGAGAGGACCUGGAGAAACAGCUCCGCACGUGUGUGACACUCAGCGGACUGGCGUCACAAAUGGAGGUACAUCAUUCCCUCGUUCUCAAUAACCUCAAAACGCUGCUGUGGAAGAAGAUCUCAAAUACAAAGUACUCCUAAGAUGGAGAGAGGGGUUAACAGGACAACGGAGACACAAAGAAUGAAUUGAACGAGCCUCUGGAAUCCUACGGAAGAGCUGAGCCAGAUAAAGUUUAUAAUGUGAACAGAUGUUUUAGUGUAAGGAUGACCAGAUAGGACACUACAUCCUCACCUGUCUACUUUAAAACCCUUUAACCUUUUGACAUUUCUUCUGAAAGAUCUUUCUUAAUUUGACUAAAUGUUUGGAAAAGGACAGAAACAGAUAGAUUUCCAUUUCUCUGAUAAUAACAACAUAUGGUGGUUUCCCGGACAGGGUUUAAACCAGGUCCCAGACUAAUUGAAAUGUUAGAGAUGUCUUGAUCGAAAAAACUUUUAUCUUAAAAUAUAUCAGUUCGAUUGUUUUGUCUCAAGAUGCACACCAGUAAUGUUUUUUGUAAAGUAGGUUUUAAAAAAAGACUUAAAUAUCCUAAAUAAUAGCCUAAAGAUCUAGUCCUGCCUUAAACUAAUCCCUGUCCGGGAAACCGCCCCCAUGAGUCCUAUAUAGUUCAAAUUAAUCUAGGCUGUUUAGACCCUAGGUAGGGACAAUUCUGAGUAGAUGUAACUGAGGCAAAGAAAGUUUACUAGAACGUACCUUCAUGUUGAAACAACAUUUUUUUUCUUGCAACACUGUUUUAAUUUGCUUGAAAGACAAACUUGAAUCCACACCUAGUUGUCAUUAGAAACCAAGACUUUAGCUUUUUUCCAAUUUUAAAGGGAAAGUUCGACCCAGAAUAAAACGUCUGUCAUCAUUUAUUUACACCCAUGUCGUUCAAAACCUGUAUAACUCAGAUAUUUUGAGAAGUGAUUUUGUAAUCCUAUAAUGAAAGUCAAUGGGGGGUCAUUGAUGUUUGAUUAUCAAUAUUCUUCAUAAGAUCUUCUUUUGUGUUCUGCAGCAGAAAGUCAUACAGGUUUAUGAGUAAAGGAUGAAAUCAUUUUCAUUUUUUUAUUAAAACUAUCCCUUUAAUGUUUUGAAGCCCGGUCCUUUGAGAUCAGGACAUGUCCGUAGUCUCUGCCAGGACCUACUACAUCAUUUUAAAAACUUUACCACUCAACAUAUAAUAUAUACAAAAAAGACAAGAUUUUAUGUAAUUUUACUGUUGUGAAGUGUGAUUAUGUUUUCAUUCAUUUUGUAGGGUGUCAUAAAACAUUUUUGUUUUCUUUGCCAUGGUUUGAGAACUAAUUAUUGUUCAUGCUGAGGUCUGUUACACUUGAACUGUCCGAGUGUUUUUUAUUUGAGUGUGUUUCUCAGGGUUUGUGUGUUGAUGUCUGAAUGUGGAAAAAAAUACUGUACAAAGCUGAAACAGAAUGAUGACACAUUGUUUAAGAGGUCCAUGUGUAAGUGUACAUUGAUGUUGCACAUAAACAUGAAAGUGUGUGUAUAGGAGGACAUUUUACAAACUUUAUCUUCACACUAGUGUAACUUCAGAUUAUUGCACCUGCUCUUAACCGACUCUUAUAUCAUCAGACGGACAUUUGACAGAUAACCUACAGAAGUGGAACGCUGUGCUAAAAUUUUGCACUCUUAAAUGAAGAGAUUCUGUGGAUUGCUGGAAUGUUUUUAUUUGAGUGAUCUGGAGAGAACGUUACUAUCAUUCAGGUUCAUAAACACCUUUUUUUAUUUGGACCUCCAUCAUGUUUACUUCAACUCUUUGUUAUAAGUAAACGUUUAUGACCUAAAUUGUGUGUUUGAGUGUUUUGUUAAAGUUAAAGUGAUGAAAACCUGCGAACAGAACUCAAAGAAGCUGGAAUUUGAUUAAUAUACAAAUUUGAUUGACACAACUGCAUUAUAAACAUCUUCACAAACUUAGACGUAUCGAUAGUUUUUUUAUAUUAAUGCAAUUUCGUUCGAGAAACCCUACAGUGUUAUAGGAUCUCAACUGUAAGUCGCGUUGGAUAAAAGCGUCUGCUGAAUGAAAAAAUGUAAUGUAGGAGAGACAUAAAACAAGUGAAUAUUUAAAAAAUCAAUUUUUUGUGUAUUCAAGUAUCAAUCAAACUGCAGUUGGGUUGUUUUGAUUGAGUAAUA